ACUUUUUGGAGCACUACUUUUGCGUUGAAAUUUCAGCCGGACGUGUUGCGGGAGCGCGUUAGAAAUUCACCGAACCAAUUUACCGUGCGUCUGCGUCGUUGUAAAAAAGUGUAGCAAUAACAUUGAAAAGAGCAAUCGACAGUUAAGUGGCAAGGACGAGGAAGACGACCACUGGUAGCCGUUACCAGUUACCAGUUACUAGUUACUAGUUACCAGCUAACAGUUAACAGCCAGCAGUUGGUAGUUGCCCGUUGGCCGGCCAUUAGCUUGAAGCCAUUAGCCACAGCACUUUCAGCAUUUGAGGAAGGUCGCUGGUGUCCGUGGCCUUGGGGGCAGAGAGCAGUGGCGGCGUGCGUCUGACGUCGCAUUGACCAGCAGUCAGCAGUCGGCAGCCGGCAGCAGUCGUCGAAGUCAACUAAAAUGUCUUCGCCAUUAGCACAGAAUAACAACAGCAAUAGCAGCCAGUCCCAGUCCCAGUCGCAGUCGCAGUCGCAGUCUUCAGCAGCAGCAGCGGCAGCAACGCAAAAUCAAAAGCCAAAUUCAGCUGCUAGCAGCAGCAGCGUGAAUAAUACACAUGAAAAGAAUGCGGUUGGUGCAACAACAACAACGGGGACGACAACAAGUGGCGGCGGUGCAGUAGCAGAGGGAGGCGCGACAACAGUCGCUGCCCCACAGAGCCCCACAAAACGGAGCACAAUAUCCACAAAGGAGCGUGUGGUCGACAGCGUACCCUUUCCACCCAGCCGCAAAUUGACCUGCUCCGAUGUAUUCGAUGCACGCACCGGCAAGCCCCAGCACGAUGUGCUCAAGCAGCACUUCAUCCUGGAGGGGCGCAUAGAGGAGAGUGCCGCACUGCGCAUCAUCCAGGAGGGCGCCACGCUGCUGCGCCAGGAGAAGACAAUGAUUGACAUUGAGGCGCCGGUGACUGUCUGCGGCGAUAUUCACGGCCAGUUCUACGAUUUAAUGAAACUGUUCGAAAUCGGAGGAUCGCCGGCAACAACAAAAUAUCUGUUCCUUGGCGACUAUGUGGACCGGGGCUACUUUAGCAUUGAGUGCGUCCUCUAUUUGUGGUCGCUGAAGAUCACGUAUCCGCAGACGCUGUUCCUGCUGCGCGGCAACCACGAGUGCCGGCAUCUGACCGAGUACUUCACCUUCAAGCAGGAGUGCAAGAUCAAGUACUCGGAGCGCGUGUACGACGCGUGCAUGGAUGCGUUCGAUUGCCUGCCGCUGGCGGCGCUCAUGAACCAGCAGUUCCUCUGCGUGCACGGCGGCCUCUCGCCCGAGAUACACGAGCUGGAGGACAUUAGGCGGCUCGAUAGAUUCAAGGAGCCGCCCGCCUUUGGCCCCAUGUGCGACUUGCUGUGGUCCGAUCCGCUCGAGGACUUCGGCAACGAGAAGAACUCGGACUUCUACACGCACAACUCGGUGCGCGGCUGUUCGUAUUUCUACAGCUACGCCGCCUGCUGCGACUUCCUGCAGAACAACAACCUGCUGUCGAUCAUACGGGCGCACGAGGCCCAGGACGCCGGCUACCGCAUGUACCGCAAGAGCCAGACCACCGGUUUUCCCUCGCUGAUCACCAUCUUCUCGGCGCCCAAUUAUCUGGACGUGUACAACAACAAGGCGGCGGUUCUCAAGUACGAGAACAACGUGAUGAACAUCCGGCAGUUCAAUUGCUCGCCGCAUCCCUACUGGCUUCCCAACUUCAUGGACGUGUUCACCUGGUCGCUGCCCUUUGUCGGCGAGAAGGUCACCGAGAUGCUGGUGAACGUGCUGAACAUCUGCUCUGACGAUGAGCUCAUGACCGAGGAGAGCGAGGAGCCGCUCUCGGACGAUGAGGCGGCGUUGCGCAAGGAGGUCAUACGCAACAAGAUACGCGCCAUUGGCAAAAUGGCGCGCGUCUUCUCCGUGCUGCGCGAGGAGUCGGAGUCAGUGCUGCAGCUGAAGGGACUGACGCCGACGGGCGCCCUGCCCUUGGGCGCCCUAUCCGGUGGCAAGCAAUCUCUCAAGAAUGCCAUGCAGGGCUUCUCACCCAAUCACAAGAUUACCUCGUUCGCGGAGGCCAAGGGACUCGAUGCGGUCAACGAGCGGAUGCCGCCCCGUCGCGACGCAACCCCCUCGCCGGCGGAGGAUUGCCAGAAAACACUAUCAGCGGCGGCAGCAGCUGCGGCCAACGCAAACGCGAAUUCAAUCAAUGGAUAAUUCUAAGUCACAGUAGAGAAGAGCGAGCAGCUGGGUAGAAAAGAGAGAGCUGUAGAGCAUCAGUCAGUUUUAGAAGUCGACAGUUAAGCAACCAAAAAAAAAAUAACAAAAAACAAAAACAAAAAAAAAUAUGAAGAAAACAAACAAAAUUUGGGGGUGCGUGCAAGUGGGAGGGAGAAAGAAAUCAAAUAGUAAUAGAAAUAGUUGCAAGCAGCGGCAACAGCGUCAGCACAGCCUCCUCGUACUAAACAAGCACAUAAAUUAAACACACACACACAGACCUACACCUACACCUACACACACACUCACACACACACACACACACAUACACAUACUCAAAGGCGCACGCGUUAAUAAAGCGUCGCAGUUAAAAUGCACCCCUCAACGGUAAAUGCAAAGCAAGAUUGAAACACAAAACGUAAAAUGCAAAGCGACAUAAGCAAAACACGCAGCAACAGGAAUAGCGGUAGAAAGGAGGAGUGGGCAAGCAAGCAAGCAAAAA